UCAGUCCCUAACCUAAAUUAUAUAAUGAUGUUUCGUUUGCAAAAUUUUAGUAAAUCUCCCAGAUUUUCGUGACAAAAUCGCCGUAGUGCAAUGUUUAUCAUUCGUAGAAUCCACAACGUUCCCGUGAGUGGCGUGAAGCGUCUGCUUCACGCCUGUGCCAUUCGCCAGAACCUCGCGAAUCAGUUGAGUGAAAGUCCUCCCGGGGGGCCUCUUCAGGAGCUCGAGAAGCGCAUCCAGGCGGGAGAAUUGUCCGCUGACCAGCACCAGCAGCAAGUCACAGAAGCCCUGCAGACCAUCUACGAUGAGAUACAGUCCUACACGCCGGCGAUCGGGAGCAGCGGAGGCUUCUUCAAGUUCUUCCAGAAGCAGGAGAAGUCCGAAGGUCCCAAGGGAUUGUAUGUGCACGGAAGCGUGGGCGGAGGAAAGACCACGCUGAUGGACCUCUUCUUCGACUGCUGCACGGGCGUGGAGAAGAAGCGACGGGUGCACUUCAACUCCUUCAUGACGGAAGUUCACUCGCGGAUUCACGCCGUGAAGAAGAGCCAGCAAUUGGUCUACAGCCGAGAUGACAAGCCAAAGCCCUUCGAUCCCACCAAACCAGUGGCCGACCACAUUGCCCAGAACUCCUGGCUCAUUUGCUUCGACGAAUUCCAGGUCACUGACAUCGCGGACGCGAUGAUCCUUAAGAGACUCUUCACGCAUCUCUUCAACGACGGCAUCGUGAUGAUCGCCACGAGCAACAGAGCGCCGGACGAUCUGUACAAGAACGGACUGCAGCGCAGCAACUUCCUGCCCUUCAUUGGGAUCCUCAAGUCGCACUGCAGCGUCAUUUCCCUGGACAGUGGCAUCGAUUACAGAGCCCUGGCGCUCAAGGGCGAUGGCCAGAACUACUUCAUCAAGUCUCCUGACAAUGACGACGCGGCGAAGGCCAUGGAUCGCAUGUUCAAGAUUCUCUGCUCGCAGGAGAAUGACAUCAUCCGGCCGAAGACCUUCACGCACUUGGGCAGGAAUCUGACCUUUGCCAAGACCUGCGGUCAGAUUCUCGAUACCACGUUCGAGGAGAUUUGCGAGAGAGCCCUGGCGGCGAGCGAUUACCUGCAGCUGGCGCAGUUUUUCCACACGAUCCUCAUUCGCGACUUGCCUCAGCUGAACCUCAAGAAGAAAUCCCCCGCCAGGCGGUUCAUCACCCUCAUCGACACGCUGUACGACAACCGCGUGAGAGUCGUGGUCUCUUCGGACGUUCCUUACAAGAAGCUCUUCUCCGUCGAGGAGACUCAGGACAGUUUUGACGAGCACAGAGUCCUCAUGGACGACCUCAAUAUCAAGAUCGGCUCGGAGAACGCCGCCUCCAACAUCUUCACCGGCGAGGAGGAGCUGUUCGCCUUCGACAGGACAAUGUCGCGCCUCGCGGAGAUGCAAACGCCCGAAUACUGGAACCAAUGGGAGAAGCACAGGUAAAUUCGCGUCGAUUUUGCGGUACUUAAUCAGGUAAAUGAAGAAAGUUUAUGUCCCUCUUGCAAUGUUAUUUAUUCGCCGUUAGAUGGAGAAAUUAUUUAUUUUUUAGUUGAUUGUACAGAACUAAUAGGAAAAAGCUGACCGCAGUAUUUCUCUGUUGUGAAUGUUUUGGGUGAAAGAAAUAAAAAUGCAAGUGAUGUUUACCG